CAAUGAAAUGACUCAGUGCUCUUGUUCUAGAUAUACGACAUUAUCUCGAAUUACAGUUUUAAAUUUCAUAAUCUUGUGACUGUUACGUCUAGAAUACAUUGGAGCCGGUGUAACUGAAAUCUUUGUCAAAUUUCCACGUCAAAUUUAAUCCGUCCGAAUUUCUUAACUUUAAAAAAAAACUUUUUAGGUAUAAAAAUACAGUAGUAGCAUUCUUCAUUGCUGUUUUAAUUGAACAAGAAACUUGGGUGCUUUCACCGUGAAAAUCCGCUAUUCUAACAAUAUAAUGCAAAAAAGGAAAUUAUUAUCAGCGAUGUAUCAGAUGCAAAUUAUCACGCCACUUAUCUAGACCCCUCUGCAUAGAGCGGGAGAGCUAAUACCCCUAUCUCAGCUGGCACACUAACCCGGUAGAGCAUUAAAUAGUCCAUUUUCUUACUGUCCGCGACUAUGUAUCAGCUGAUUGAGUCACAUUGUUAAUCGCAUGUCUACGAAAUGCGAAAAGUGUCGGAAAAAUGAAAAAUUUGCAUAGCGUCACGUCACUGUGAUUAGUAAUCGCUUGUAUAGCGCGCCGCGCCGCCGAUAGUCGUCGGCGCAGACGCGCCGCGAACGCUGGCAAUUACGUUUUUUGCGGCAACAAUUUUCUAAAUUCAAAAGACGGCCGCCGUACUGGCUGGAAAACGAAACGAAACGAAGCUUAGUGUUCUCUUUUUUAUGUUAUUAUAAACAAAAAUAGUGCGUUCGAAUUUCGAAUUAUAUUUUUCCUUUUGUAAAGUGUCAGUUUUGCAACUGUUUCGAAACGACCAGUGUUCGAGUGAGAUGGUGUUAUCCGCUUUUUAGACAUAAUGGAAAGAAGUGUUUUGGCAGACACGAGACACGUACAUUGGGCUUCUGAACUGCACUCGGAGUACCGCAGCACGUACAGAUGGCACGAAUACAAGGAGCAGCAGCAGCAGCAGGGCGUGGUGAAGCAGCCGGCACCCACGCCGCCGAAUGCGCUGCCUAUACAGCGGGGUCCAAUGGAGCCGGCGAUGCCUCGUCGCAAGAAGUACCCCGGAGUGGCGUAUAAAACGAACGAGCUAUUCGACCCGGCCCCCGCUGACGAUAUACGCCCGCAGCAGACGUCCGCAUUCGACCGGGCGAGGAGCGCGCAAAGGAACGACUCUGAGCGCGCGGGCCGGCGCAGCAAGUCCGAGGGUCCCCGGCAGCCGCGGUGGACCGACACCGUGGAACCGAAGGCCACCAACGCUCUGGGGGAGGUGGUGGCAGCCAAGGAGCCCGACGUGGUGAGCACUGAGUACAGGAAUCAGUUCGCAUGGCCUAAGGACACCACUGACUCCGCGCCGAGGAAGAGUAUCUCGAUGGGGGCUCUUAAGAAGGCAGCCGUCGCUGAAGGGUCAGUGGAAGCGGAGCCAUUGAUGAACCACGUGGAUGGUGAUCACGACGACGGUCACAAGAGGUACAUCGAGGACUACCUGUGGAACGGCCAGAAGCCGGGAGUCCAAAGAAAAUCGACGUUCCGUAGCGCGCUAUCGGCCCUCAUAUCCAACGGCGAGGAUCGUUCCAAAGAUAAUAGGAAACGUUACAAAAGCGAGUACAAAAAGAAAUUUAGACCGUUCUCUCAGUACGUGUACGAGGCGUCUAAAGGGACAUUUACGAAAUGCAGGGGGAAAGGGAAGACGAAUGAGGAGGCGAGCGAGAGGAUGCUGGGGGAGACACAGGGUGGCGCGGGGGAGAGUGUAGGCGCCGGGGCGGGCGGGGUAGCGGCCACGGGGGCGGUGGCGGGGGCGGGAGGGGGCGCGGGGGAGGACGCCACCACGCUGCGCGCAGCCGGCCUGCAACCGCUGGGCCUCUCCCAAGGGGACUCCUGGUACCGCGAGGUGCUGGACCUGCGCAAGCGCGCCGGCGAAUACAAGUACCGUGGUUGGGGAACCGAACUGGCUCCAGAACACAUCACACAGCUUUACAAUAAGCAAAUCGAGCUCUGGUACCAGGUGUCCCGUCGGUCCUCGCUGUCUGCCCUAUCACUCGCUUCCACCAAUCACAAAGCUCUACCUCGGGACGAGAAAGAUGGGAAGGACUCCAAAAACCAUUCGCCCAAGAAGUUUAGGUCUUUCCGCUCGGCGCCCCAUCAAUCCAUCCAUGCGAAGAUUCAGGAAACGAAAGCGUUGGAGAGAUCACCCCAUAAGACUUCUCCUCAAAAACAAAGAAAGAAGCUCCAAGGGCAUAGCUUUGAUGAGGGAGCUUCUCAGGAAGCGGCGAAGGCCGGCGAGAACGCAGCGUUCCGGUCGCCGCGGCGCCGGCCGCGCUCGGCCGACCCCGCGCCUGCGCCCGCGCACACUCUUAAGCACAUUCCGAACGGACACGAGCCGCAUCCUAGGCCUAUGAAGCCUACCGGUUUGCCGUUGAUUAGAGCGACUAGUAGUAGAGUUAGGUCGACGUCUCGGGGCGGGCGGUCGCCGUCGGCGCCGAGCAAAACAGGGGCAGCGGGGCCGGGGGCAGGUGCUAACGGGGCCACGGGAACCCCCGGCAGGGGGCGGCGGAGUCGGAGCGUCUCAAAAGUGGGAAUUAAAUUGGACGACGAGAUCCCGUCGCACCGCAGCGCUUCGGUCGCUAAGGACCACUUCUUCGACGACUCACCGGUGGUGAAAUCACCACCGGAGCCGACCCGAGUCAAGUCGCCGGAGCAAAUGAACAUGCGCUCCCCGGAUCCCGUGAACUGGACAGUGCCCCUGGACACGGGGAAGACAUUCACCGUAACUCAGAACGUUAAAAGCGAUGAGAGCGUUAAGCGCCCUAGCUCUGAGUUUAAGGGUGGCUCCAUAGCCGAAGAGGGUGCCACCGUGAAGCCGGCAGAAAUCGCUCCGAUACAUCAUCAGCAAAUGUCACCGAUACGCUCGCUGAAAAAGAGUGAAUCGCCGACGAGCUCUAGCAAGCGCACCGAUAAGACCCCAACCACGCCGACCAGCUUGACGCCCAUCGACGAAACUAAAGCGUUAGAAAUGAACACUAUCAAUGGAAUCAACGGGAUUAACAGCAAUCAGUUGACCCCGGAAACUCCCACCCAGGAUCCAAUAAAAGAGAAGGAAGUGAUCAAAAAGUCGACUGAAGCCACACAGGUGGCGCCAGGAGUGGUGGACACAACUGUUGUCAAUGAAACGCCCGCCACCGGUGGACUGACAGCCGCCGAGGUGCUAGACAGAGCUCGCACGAGGUUCGAUAAGUUCUGGGGCAAAAAAGAAGAAGACAACGUCUAGUUGUCUUGAUAUUAGUUAGUGCUUUCGCCGUAAACUGUGACAAUGGCGAUGAUAGAGUGGUGCACAUGACCAAGACCGGUGGCGCUAGAUUAUUACUAGAAAAUAACCCAUAAUAAACGAAUCCUGCAACUAGAUAAAACUGCAAAAAGGUUAUGGUUACCUAGCGCCAUCUGUGUUAAACAUUACUCGAAUAUUACUAAUGAUGAAUAUUCUUUAAGAAUAUUUAUACAAAUACAGUAUUAAAUAAUCAAACUGCUCGCAUUUAAAACCAAUAUGUCACAAUUUAAGGCGUAAAACACUAAACAGUAAAAAGUAGAAAAAUUACGACGCAGUGUUAAAAACUGAGAAAAUUAUGAAAAAAAGCUUCGCUUUAUAACGACGACUGUAAUAUGUAUUUAUUAUUUUAAUAAAUAAUUUAUUAUAUCACUAUCUAUUUAAUAGGAGUGUGGUGGCUUGUGAUAGUAGUUCGGUCAUUGGUAAAUGACGAUUAAGAAAAGUAAUUCGCUCGUUCAUAAUAUUCAUAAGUACGAAAGCUUUGAUCUCGAAUGUUUUGGAUCCCAAAAGUAUGAUUGUAAUAUUUUGAAAAUGUUAGCGUAUCGUCUUAUUUCUAUUAAUAUUUUUAACUUAUUUACCCAAUAAUUAUAAUUCUAUAUACUCAAUUGUAAUAAUUUAUUAUUUAUAUUAUUUCAAUGUACCUAAGUGCUGCCUACUAUUUACUUUUAAUAAUAUAAAAUUUAUGAGCUUUUCAUGCAUUUUUCAAGUAUAAAACUAGAAGUGUGUAAUUUGCUACAAUUUAAUAUGGUAAUAGAUUAUUUCCUGGUAUUUUGUGCAUUCACCGCGACAUUAAAUGACAUCUUCGUAAUGUUGCCAGUUAAUAACGCGCUGGAGACACUGGGGUCAAUUCUGAAGCGCUAUUCUCUAUCUCUAAAAUAUUUUUUCAAUAUGUCAUUAUAGCAAAGUUAUUGCUCUAAAAAACGGCAUGAGCUAAAUUUGCAAUGGAAUUUGUCAGAAUUACUUUAUAUAUUAUUUUUUAGUAGCCCAUACUUUCGCAUAACUGUGAAAUUAAAAUUUUAGGUUUAGAAAUAAAUUAAGGAAAUGGCACCUCAGAAACCUGACUCCACUAUACCAAAAUAAUAUGUUAAUAGAUUUGAAUGAAGUCACUAAGGUUAAAUACAUGAAAAAAAAAACUUAAGAUUCAUACUAAAUAUUGAAGAACUAAAAAUUCAUAUACAGAGCAAUUUGUGAGAUACUCUUAAUAAUUGAAAUAUAUUUUAUUUGCUUAGUAAAUAUAUAUAAAAGCAACAAGGGCAAAAGUAUACACAAAACAACUAAGCCGUCCAAUGUAGUAUUUUUUGGCAAAUCUUACAAAUUAUUUGGCUAUUGGAAAUAUAUUCACAAAGCAUAAUAUUCCGAACGCACUUCCAAUUUUGGCAUUACAGAUUUCUUCCCGCGUCAAGAAACUAUAUUUAAAAAUAGAAUAUACGUAUUAUUGCCGCCAAUACUUUAAUUUUUUUUUUAUUUCUUUCUUAAUAUAAUCGAUAGGAAUCUCAAUGAGUAACUACAUGUGUAGCAGCUAGCUUUAAAUUAAACAUGGAAUUAUCUCGCAAGUCUUGCCGUUUGUGUCUAUCUGAGACAGAAUUUAACGUAAGUUUAUUUGGCAAUUACUCUAGAAAAUCUAAUAUAAUAAACAAAAUCGCCGUCUGCCUUAAACUGGUUAUAGACGAAACUGAUUUUCUAAAUACGAUAUGUUAUAAAUGCGCUGAUAAUAUUGAACGAUAUUACGAUUAUCUAACGUUCAUAAGGAAAUGCCAGUCGCAACUCGGCAACGAGAAGUUCGAGGCACGAUCGAGAAAAGCCGAAAAUCUAUCACCGAAUCCAAUGAACAGGCGUCAUAUCACGUCGUAUGUAAGAGAGCAGAUAUACGAUGCAGAUUAUACGUUUUCGUUUCUCGAGAUGCCUAACAACGAAGAGAAAAAGGAAUGUAAGACUUCUAGCCCGUUUUUCUCCUAUUUCUCACCCCCAAACUGUUUAGUAAAGCAAUCAGGCGGCGAAUCCGCUUGGAAAACGCCUCAGACGGCCCUCAACGACGUAAAACCUGAUCGAAACGAUAGCAAAUUUAAAAGGCAUAAAGAACGAGGCCGGCAUCACUCCAGAGACUUGUUCGACUCACAAUCUCAGGAUAUAGAAGAUGCUGAGGCGAGAUCGCUCGACUGGAGAUUGACUCCAGACGAUAAUCUAAUGAAGAGAGUCAGGGAGAAGUGCUUUGGAAGGUCCGAUUUCUAGUUACUUUUUAAUAAAUAAACACUGAUUAUUGUUACAUACCUAUUUAAGUGAUAAUUUAUAACGUUGUUACGUUUUAUUGUAAGAUUAAUUUAUGCAAAGUUCCAAAAUGUCGAAUGUUACACGUAUUUAUUAUUGAAUGUUCGCGUAACUUCUACGGAAUUCUGUAGGAACAGGGUACUUAUAGAAAUUAAUUUAAUGAACAAUUUCGAAAUAGGCGAUGUCUUACUGAAUUUAGAUGCCUUUGUUUGUGCAUUUAGCUCAAUGGAGUAGGUGUUGGACUGAUUUAUUAACGAUGUGCUAGGUAUUGCAGUGAAUACUGUGAAUUAAAAUAAUCUCUAUGUCCAUUAUAAACAACUAAUACAGUAAAUUCAAGUCCAUAAUGUUCGUUUAUCUCGUAUAGUCUAUAUGCAUCCUUAUAUCAAACUGUGAUUUUGUAUUAUUUAAAAUCUGUAAAACAUGAAUUGUAUAUUUUGGUCUAGUAACGAGCCUGUUCUAAAUACAUACAAUGUAUUACUUAUGUGAGAAUGAUUUGGUAGGAAAAUGUAAGUAAUUAAUACUUAUUUAAAAAGGCCUUUCCGCAGAUAUGGAUUGAAAUAGAUAGAUGCCGUAACUGUAACUUUACGAAUUAAUUUAUGAUCCAAAUAGAGCUUACAUAUUUCUGAACGUGCAUUGUGGAAAAGCUUGCCAUCAGUAAAUAUCUUUUGUAACAUCGAGACAAGCGAGCAAUUUUACAACUAUUUUAUUUAUUUAUUUUUAUGGCAUCUAUCUUUAUAAUCUGUGGACUUUUCAUUAUGAUAUUAUAAAAUAAAGCAAAGGCCUUGUUAGUUUUUGUUACCACGAUAUGUUUCUCAUUAAUGAGUUCCUAUUUGUUUUUUGCGCACAAAACUGAUGUUUCCAUGUACGUAACGAACCCUGCCUGAUGAUAAUUUAGAAAUAGAUCCUCCAUUACUGGUAAUUACGAAAAUAUUAGCUUUGCUACGGGUUUAUAAUAGCGUGUGUUAAUUUUCAGUUGUUAUAUCAAAAUGGACACCUCAAUAAAAUUUUGAAAAAUC